AUGGGACGUGAAAUACGUGAGAAAAUUUUGCACACUCACGUUGCAAAUCCGACGUGGCCAGGUGCAAAAAUUGCGAUAUUCCCCAAAUCAAAUAGCGUCCUGAAACGAUUCAAUAUAACUCUAACGGUGGAUCGCAUUGAUCACAGCAACCGGAAAAGUAGAACGAUUGACAAGCAGCAACGAUUGAAAUUCUGCAGAGCAGUUCGGACGAACCCUUGGAUCACCCUACGCGAUUUGGCUAAGAAGUUCUCGACACCGUACAGCACUGUUCGACGAAUCUGUCGGUGUGAAGGCCUGCGGCAGUUCCACGCCACCUGCAAGACGCCAAACCGCCGUGACGGUCGCUGCAUCCCUCGUUCCGAGUGUCGCAGUUUCGCAGAAUUCUUUUUUCCCGAUCGUAUCCUCACAAUGGACGAAUUGAACUUCCUUCGGAUGUCCCGCUGUAACGAGAACCCGCCGAUGAUCUGCUGUCCGGAUCGGAUCACAGCAGCGACGCCGGUGCAGUUCCAACACAGCAGUCGCCUGCCGGAUCCGCAACUGUCCGAGUGCGGUACGGACAUCCUGGUCGACAAAAUCUACGGAGGAGACGAUACCCUACUGGAGGAGUAUCCCUGGUACGCACUGCUCGAAUACAUCACCAAGAAGAACGAACGGGCUUUCCAGUGUGGCGGUUCACUUAUCAGCAAGCGUUACGUACUGACGGCGGCACACUGUCUGGAUAACUCGAAACUGGAUGAUGGUGAACGAUUAGUCAACAUUCGACUUGGGGAGUACAAUACCGCAACAGAAAUCGAUUGUCUAGGGGAAGGAGAAGAACGCACCUGUUCCGAUGCACCGCAGAACUUCGGUAUCGAAGAAGCCAUUAUCCAUCCCAGGUACUCAAAGACGGAUCCCAACCAGCAUCACGAUAUCGCUCUAGUUCGACUGGAUCGGGAUGCUGUAAUGAACACGUAUGUAGCUCCGAUUUGCCUACCACAGCCGGAUUUUACGGCGACUCAGACAGGAAAAAAUGUAACAAUCGCUGGCUUCGGUCAUACCGGUAGAAAACGUCACAGCGGUGUGAAGCAAAAGGCAAAUGUGCCGGUCGUCGAUCAGGGUCAAUGUCAGAAUAAAUGGGGCAAGCGUAUAGUGGUGGACAACGGUCAACUGUGCGCUGGCGGACACUACAAUAUCGACGCCUGCCACGGUGACUCCGGUGGCCCGUUGAUGGCCCAACGACAGUACUGGAUCCUCGAAGGGGUCGUCUCGUUUGGCAACCGGUGCGGUCUCGAAGGAUGGCCUGGAAUGUACACACGAGUGGCGAGCUAUACCGACUGGAUCAAGGGUUCGAUUAAAGCCUAAACCAAUUGGAGUCACCAACUGUUCUGGGAAUCCCCCUUCCAGAUUGGAUUCGAGUAUGUAAAUGAUAUGAAAAAAACAGUUUUUUUCGCAGAA